GAGGUUAAUUGAGUUUGGUCGCUUGCUUUAUUUAAUUAUGUUUGUUUGUUAAGUUUAUACAUUAAGAGGUGUGUCUUGUCUUAAGGGUAGUUAUGUUAAGAGUUAGAAGUGAAGAGUCACAACCCUUGUUAUUAGUGUUGUUUGGUCGUGUCUUUUGAAUACUAUAAGAACACGUUGUCUUUGUUUGUAACAAAAAUUCAGAUUCUCAAUUAAUAAAGUUUCAGUUUUCCCAACUCUGUUUCUGCCUCUCUCGUCAAGUCUCUCUGUUUAUUUAUCAAAGUCCUUUGAUAAUCCAACAGUUUGUUAUAUCCUUGAUCAUGAUUAGCUCGUUGUGGAUUUUUGUUUGGCUCUUCGUUGUGUUGGUGCCAUUUUUGAAACGGGCUUAUUUCAAGAACUCAGUGGCCUUACUUUACACAACGUUCUCUAGAAAGGAAGAGACGCUGACGUUUUUGUCGUUGCUCCCUGAUGAAAUCGUCUUGAACUGUUUAGCCCGCAUAUCGAGAUCAUACUAUCCGAAACUCUCCCUAGUCUGCAAGACCUUCCGCACUCUCCUCAUUUCUAAUGAGCUCACUGUGGCGAGAUUGCACCUUAAAACCCAUAAAACCUUAUUUCAUGUCUGCUUACAGUUUUCCGAUAAACCUUGUUCAUCCUUGUUUGUCCUCUGGAUAAAACCUGGUCAAACCCUAACCAACCAACUCGAGAAGAAGGAGAGAUCUAUCGGAGAUACUCGGUUGGUACCAAUACCUUCUUCCUAUUGUUCUACGGUACCAUUUUACACCAUUUCAGUUGGUUCAGAAGUGUACGGACUCAAACAAUAUAAUGAUCCAUCCUCCAUGAUGUGGGUCCGUAAUAAGAAGAACUUGUUUUGGCGUAAAGCCCCCAACAUGACUGUAGCUCGAGCGAAAGCCAUUGCACGCGUCCACAAUGGGAAAAUAUAUGUAAUGGGAGGUUGCAGGGCUGAUGAAUCCGCGAAUUGGGGUGAGGUUUUCGACAUAAUGACUCAAACUUGGGAACCUUUACCUGACCCUGGCGCUGAGCUCCGCUUUUCUUCAAUUAGAAAAAUAGAAGUGUUCCAAGGAAAGCUUUACGUUAGAAGCAAUGAGAAGAAAGACUCUGUUUAUGAUCCAAAAGAAGGUAAAUGGGAUGUUACAAUAAAAUCACACGUGCAAUCGCUGAUAGAUAAUGUAUGGUAUUGUUGUGAUAAACGGAGCUGCUGGUGGUAUGACACAAGUCAUAGAGAAUGGAGAGUGGUCAGAGGUUUAGAUAUGUUGAUCAAGAAUCUUGGUUGUGCAGGUAUGAUUGAAAUAGCUAACUAUGGUGGGAAACUCUUAAUCUUAUGGGACAAGUUUGUGCUUCAUGGUACUUGUCAAGAGAAAGAUAUUUGGUGUGCCGUGAUUGCGCUUGAAAGACGCGAUGGUAGUGAUGAAGUUUGGGGAAACAUUGACUGGGCUAAUAUUGUGUUGACCGUUCCUAACGCAUAUGUUUUUGUGAAUAGUCUAAAAAAUAGGGUUUGAUUAAAUCUAAUCAUGUUUUUGUUUUGACCAUUGCUAAUGCCUUAUUUAUUCUGUAUUCUUUAGUGUGUUUUUUUGGUUUAAUUAGAUUGUUGGCAACAUCAUUUAAAAUAAGAAGUUUUAGAUCAACAUGUAGUCUAGUGGUAAAAAGAUUGUUUAUAGAGAGGCAUUUGGAGGGAUUUGUACAUGAACUGAUUUAGUAAGUCAGAUGUUUCAUAGCUUUCACAUUCCGAUUCGUCGCCAUACUUUGGUCUGUUCCUUCCUUUAGUCACACAAGACAAAUGCUAUCGUGUCAUAUUUGAGAACGACUCCAUGUUCAAACCAAGAAGUCCUAAAUUCUUUAAAUUAGCAAAUAACAAAUGCUAUUGUGUCAAUUUUUAAACAAGACUUGGA